AUGGCAUCUCUGUCAAUAGAUCAGCAAUCACGGGCGGCGAAGGCGUAUAUCCUGCAAGAGCUACGAAAGACCGAAGAUGGAGUCCAGAUCCUCAAAGAUAAGGACUUCUUCGAGCGACUCGACAUGAACUUCAUCACGAUUUUUGCAAUCUUCGCCGAACUGUACGGCUACCGGCACGACUGCCUCGAUCAGAUGGUCGAUCUCAUAACCAUGUGUGGCACGAGCUGGCGGCAGCGAGACCCCGAGCUGCGGAAGCUGGACAAACAGCGCGAGCUAGAACCCGAGUGGUACCUCUCCAACCAGAUGCUGGGAGGCGUCUGCUACGUCGACCGAUAUGCCAAAGAUCUUUCGGGGAUCAAGGACCGGAUACCGUACUUCAAAGAGCUUGGGCUGACGUAUCUACAUCUGAUGCCGUUAUUCAGAGCGCCUCAGCCUCUCAACGAUGGAGGGUAUGCGGUGUCGAGCUACAGAGACGUCCAGGAGGAGCUCGGAGAUGUCAACCAGUUGAAAGAGCUGGCCACCGAGUUGCGGAAGGCGGGCAUCAGCCUCGUGCUGGAUCUGGUCUUCAACCACACAUCCAACGAGCACCGAUGGGCCAAGAAAGCCGCAGAGGGCGAUCCAGAGCACUCCGCCAUGUACUGGAUCUUCCCGGACCGGAACGUGCCCAGUGCAUUCGAACGCACGACGCGCGAGAUCUUCCCUGAUGACCAUUCCGGCUCCUUCAUCCAACUCGCGGACGGCCGGUUCGUGUGGUCCACCUUCUAUCAUUUUCAAUGGGAUCUAAAUUAUUCGAAUCCUGCGGUCUUCCGGGCCAUGGCCGCGGAAAUGCUGUAUCUCGCCAAUCUGGGCGUUGAUUUCUUCCGCAUGGACGCUGUGGCGUUCAUGUGGAAGCAAAUGAACACGGACUGUGAAAAUCUACCAGAAGUGCACAAACUGCUGCGGGCGUUCAACGCACUGUGUCGCAUCGCGGCACCGUCAGUACUGUUCAAGUCCGAAGCCAUCGUCCACCCGGACUUCGUGGUUCAGUAUAUCGAUCGCUACGAAUGCCAGUUGUCAUACAAUCCACUCCAGAUGGCACUCACGUGGGAAGCGCUCGCAACGAGAGACUCUUCGAUGCUCUCCCAGGCGAUUGAGAGGCGUCACAACAUCUCGCGCGGCUGCGCAUGGGUCAACUAUGUACGGUCGCACGACGACAUCGGCUGGACGUUUUCCGACGAAGACGCCCUCGAACUGGGCAAGAAUGGGAACAACCACCGGAAGUUCCUGAACGCAUUCUUUGUAAACCGCCACCCGGGCAGCUUCGCACGCGGCGUCCCCUUCCAGGACAACCCACGCACGGGGGACUGCCGGAUCUCGGGGACGACGGCGUCGCUGGCGGGUCUGGAGUCGAUGCAAGACCACGCGAUCGACCGGAUCUUGCUCGCGUACUCGAUCGCCAUGAGCACGGGCGGCAUCCCACUCAUCUACCUGGGCGACGAGGUCGGCCAGCUCAACGACUACAGCUACCUGCACGACCGGGCCAAGAUGGACGACUCCCGCUGGGUCAAUCGCCCCUGGUACCCGGCGUCGCGCUACGAGGAGCGCCAUGACCCGUCCACCAUCCCCGGCCAGAUCUACGCGGGCAUGCGCCAUUUGAUCCAGUUGCGCAAGUCGACCGAGGAGUUGGCCGGCGGACGCGCCGUCGGUUUCUUCACGGGUAAUCCAGCCAUUUUGGGCUAUCAGAGACCCGGCCUGAAGAGCACGGUGCUGUGUCUGUGUAAUUUCUCCGAUGUGCCCCAGUGGAUUGGACGCGAUCGCUUCAUGGGCAUGCCCGUCGAGGCGAAGGAUUUGUCGUCCGGGUAUAUGGUGAAUUUGAGGGAUGCGGGUGUCCAAUUGAGGCCACACCAGUAUUUGUGGUUGAGAUAUUGA